AUGAUGCCCCAGAAGAAAAAGAGGAGAAAAAAAGACAUCGACUUUCUCGCUGUGUACGAGGAGGAGCUGCUGAACUACGCCUCGGAGGACGACGAGGUCGAGCUGCAGCAUGAGUACUACAAGGCCAGAGUGUAUGAGGUGGUCACAGCCACGGGGGAUGUUCGUGGUGCAGGGACAGAUGCCAAUGUUUUCAUCACCCUUUUUGGAGAGAAUGGGCUCUCUCCCAAGCUCCAUCUCACCAGCAAGAGUGAAUCUGCCUUUGAGAAAGCCAACGUCGACGUGUUCCGGGUGAGAACCAACAAUGUGGGCCUCAUCUACAAAAUCAGGAUCGAGCACGACGACACGGGCCUGAAUGCCAGCUGGUACCUGGAUCGUGUGAUUGUCACCGACAUGAAGCGGCCUCACCUCCGUUACUACUUCAACUGUAACAGCUGGCUGAGCACGGUAGAAGGUGACCGCCAGCGGUGCCGUGACCUGCUAGCGAGCUUCGACCCCAUGGACGCUCCCCGAGGUAACAAGUAUGAAGUCAGGGUGUAUACCGGUGAUGUCAUUGGGGCGGGGACCGAUGCUGACGUCUUCAUCAAUAUCUUUGGAGAGUAUGGAGACACAGGGGAGCGUAGGCUGGAAAAUGAAAAGGACAACUUUGAAAGGGGAGCUGAAGACAAGUUCAUGCUAGAUGCUCCGGAUCUGGGGCAGCUGAUGAAGAUCAAUGUUGGCCACAACAACAAGGGCGGGUCUGCAGGUUGGUUCCUGUCCAAGAUUAUCAUUGAAGAUAUUGGGAACAAAAGGAAAUAUGACUUCCCCCUUAACCGCUGGCUGGCCCUGGAUGAAGAUGAUGGCAAAAUCCAAAGGGAUAUCUUAGUGGGCGGAGCUGAGACCACAGCUAUCUCGUAUGUGGUCACCGUCUUCACUGGGGAUGUCCGGCGGGCUGGGACCAAAUCCAAAAUCUACCUGGUCAUGUAUGGGGCCAGAGGGAAUAAGAACAGUGGGAAAAUCUUCCUGGAAGGUGGUGUGUUUGACCGUGGCCGCACAGACAUCUUCCACAUCGAGCUGGCUGUCCUCCUCAGUCCUCUGAGUCGGGUCUCCAUCGGGCAUGGCAAUGUGGGCGUCAAUAGAGGCUGGUACUGCGAGAAGGUGGUGAUUCUGUGCCCCUUCACGGGCAUCCAACAGACCUUCCCUUGCAGCAACUGGCUGGAUGAGAAGAAGGUAGAUGGGCUGAUCGAGAGGCAGCUCUACGAGAUGGUGUCUCUCAGGAAGAAGAGGCUGAAAAAAUUCCCUUGGUCCCUGUGGGUCUGGACAACCGACUUGAAGAAAGCUGGUACCAACUCUCCCAUCUUCAUCCAGAUUUAUGGACAGAAGGGGCGGACGGACGAGAUUCUCCUGAAUCCCAACAACAAGUGGUUCAAACCAGGCGUAAUCGAGAAAUUUAGGAUUGAGCUCCCGGAUCUUGGCAGGUUUUACAAGAUUCGGGUGUGGCAUGACAGAAGGAGCCCUGGUUCCGGAUGGCAUUUAGAAAGGAUGACCCUGGUAAACACUCUGACCAAGGACAAGUACAACUUCAACUGCGGUCGUUGGCUGGAUGCCAACGAGGAUGACAAUGAAAUCGUGAGAGAAAUGACCGCUGAGGGCCCGACAGUGCGGAGGAUAAUGGGCAUGGCCCGGUACCGGGUGACCGUGUGCACCGGAGAACUCGAAGGCGCAGGAACCGAUGCCAAUGUCUACCUCUGCCUUUAUGGCGACGUGGGGGACACAGGCGAGCGGCUGCUGUACAACUGCAGGAAUAACACCAACCUGUUUGAGAAGGGCAGUGCCGACGAGUUCACCAUUGAGUCGGUCACCAUACGGAAGGUGAGGCGGGUGAGGAUCAGGCAUGAUGGCAGAGGCGGGGGAAGCGGCUGGUUCCUGGAGCGGGUGCUGGUGAGAGAAGAGGGGCAGCCCGAGAGCGACAAUGUGGAGUUCCCGUGUCUCAGGUGGCUGGACAAGGAUAAGGAAGACGGUCAAUUGGUCCGAGAGUUGCUGCCCAGUGACAGCAAUGCAGCACUGAAGAACUUCCGCUACCACAUCAGCUUGAAGACAGGUGAUGUCUCUGGGGCCAGCACAGACUCCAGGGUCUACAUCAAGCUCUACGGGGAUAAAUCUGACACCAUCAAGCAAGUUCUUCUGGUCUCCGACAACAAUCUGCAAGACUAUUUUGAACGUGCCCGGGUGGAUGAGUUCACCCUCGAGACCCUGAAUAUUGGUACUAUCAGUCGGCUGGUGAUUGGGCAUGACAGCACGGGCAUGCACGCCAGCUGGUUCCUCGGCAGCGUCCAGAUCCGCGUGCCCCGCCAAGGCAAGCAGUACACCUUCCCCGCCAACCGCUGGCUGGACAAGAACCAGGCCGAUGGGCGCCUGGAGGUGGAGCUCUAUCCCAGUGAGGUCGUGGAGAUCCAGGAAUUGGUCCAUUAUGAGGUUGAGAUUUGGACGGGGGACGUGGGUGGCGCAGGCACCACCGCCCGAGUCUACAUACAGAUCUAUGGUGAGGACGGCAAGACAGAAGUGCUCUUCCUCUCCAGCCGCUCGAAAGUUUUCGAUCGUGCAUCCAAGGACACAUUCCAGCUGGAGGCGGAGGACGUGGGUGAGGUCUUCAAGAUCCGGCUGGGGCACACGGGCGAAGGCUUCGGACCCAGCUGGUUCGUGGACACACUGUGGCUGCGACACCUGGUGGUGCGGGAGGUGGACCUCACGCCCGAGGAGGAGGCCCGGAAGAAGAAGGAGAGGGACAAGCUGCGGCAGCUGCUCAAGAAGGAGCGGCUGAAGGCCAAGCUGCAGAGGAAGAAGAAGAAGAAGAAGGGCAGUGACCAGGAGGACAAGGGGGGUGAGGAGGAGGAGGAGUCCUCGGAGGAGGAGUCCUCGGAGGAGGAGGAGGAGGAGACGGAGGAGGAGGAGGAGGAGGAGCAAUUUGGGCCUGGGAUGCAGGAGGUGAUUGAGGAGUACAAGUUCGAAGCCCACCGCUGGCUGGCCCGGGGCAAGGAGGACAAUGAACUUGUCGUGGAGCUGGUGCCGGCAGGCCGGCCGGGUCCUGAGCCCAACACCUAUGAGGUCCAGGUGAUCACAGGGAACGUGCCCAAGGCUGGCACUGAUGCCAACGUCUACCUGACCAUUUACGGUGAGGAGUAUGGAGACACUGGCGAGCGGCCCCUGAAGAAGUCAGACAAGCCCAACAAGUUUGAGCAGGGACAGACUGACACCUUCACCAUCUAUGCUAUUGACCUGGGAGCUCUGGCCAAGAUCCGGAUUCGCCAUGACAACUCAGGCAACAGACCAGGCUGGUUCCUGGACAGAAUAGACAUCACGGACAUGAACAACGAGAUCACGUACUACUUUCCAUGCCAACGCUGGCUGGCUGUGGAGGAGGAUGAUGGCCAGCUGUCCCGGGAGCUACUGCCAGUGGACGAGUCCUGCGUGCUGCCAAGCCAGGAUGAGGAGGGUGGGGGAGGGGGUGACAGCAACCCCCUCAACAGCCUGGCCCUCGAGCAGAAAGACAAAUCUACCACAUUCUCAGUGACCGUAAAAACUGGGGACAAGAAGAAUGCGGGCACAGAUGCCAACGUCUUCAUCACGCUCUUUGGCACACAAGACAACACUGGAAUGACCCUCCUGAAAUCCUCCAAGACCAACAGCGACAAGUUUGAAAGGGACAGCAUCGAAAUCUUCACAGUGGAGACGCUGGACCUGGGAGAUCUGCGGAAAGUCAGGAUUGGUCAUGAUAACACAGGCAAGGCUCCAGGCUGGUUUGUAGACUGGGUAGAGGUGGACGCCCCAUCUCUUGGAAAGUGCAUGACAUUCCCCUGUGGCCGCUGGCUGGCAAAGAAUGAGGAUGAUGGAGCCAUCGUCAGGGACCUCUUCCACGCAGAGCUGCAGACGAGGCUGUACACACCAUUUGUCCCUUAUGAGAUCACCCUGUACACCAGCGACGUCUUCGGCGCCGGGACGGAUGCCAACAUCUUCAUCGUCAUCUAUGGCUGUGACGCAGUGUGCACCCAGCAGAAGUACCUGUGCACUAACAAGAGAGAGCAGAAGCUGUUCUUUGAGAGGAAGUCAGCCUCCCGCUUCAUCAUGGAGUUAGAAGACGUGGGAGAAAUCAUUGAGAAAAUUCGGAUUGGCCAUGACAAUACGGGCGUAAAUCCUGGGUGGCACUGCUCCCACGUGGACAUCCGCAGGCUCCUCCCAGAUAAAGAUGGCACAGAGACCUUGACUUUCCCUUGUGAUCGAUGGCUUGCCACAUCGGAGGAUGACAAGAAGACCAUUCGGGAACUGGUCCCUUAUGACAUCUUCACUGAGAAAUACAUGAGAGAUGGGUCCUUAAGACAAGUCUACAAGGAAGUAGAAGAACCUCUGGACAUUGUGCUGUACUCGGUGCAGAUCUUCACAGGAAACGUUCCCGGGGCAGGGACGGAUGCCAAGGUCUACAUCACCAUCUAUGGAGAUCUGGGGGACACCGGGGAGCGGUACCUUGGCAAGUCAGAGAACCGUACCAACAAGUUCGAGAAAGGAACAGCGGACACAUUCAUCAUCGAGGCUGCUGACCUGGGUGUCAUCUACAAGAUCAAGCUCCGCCACGACAACACCAAGUGGUGUGCAGACUGGUAUGUGGAAAAGGUGGAGAUCUGGAAUGACACCAACGAGGACGAGUUCCUGUUCCUGUGCGGGCGCUGGCUGUCCCUGAAGAAGGAAGACGGGCGGCUCGAGAGGCUCUUCUAUGAGAAGGAGUACACUGGGGACCGAAGCAGCAACUGCAGUAGCCCUGCUGACUUCUGGGAGAUCGCCCUGAGCUCCAAGAUGGCCGACGUGGACAUCGCCACAGUGACGGGACCCAUGGUGGGCUACGUGCAGGAGGGUCCAGUGAUUCCCUACCAUGUGUCGGUCACCACCGGGAAGCACAAGGAUGCGGCCACCGACAGCCGGGCCUUCAUCUUACUCAUUGGGGAGGAUGAUGAGCGCAGUAACCGCAUCUGGCUGGACUUCCCCCGGGGGAAGAAGGGCUUCAGCUGUGGCUCCGUGGAGGAAUUCUAUGUUGCAGGCUUGGAUGUGGGCAUCAUCAAGAAAAUAGAGGUGCUCUAUGAGAUGACAGUGUGGACGGGUGACGUGGUCGGCGGUGGUACUGACUCCAGCAUCUUCAUGACCCUCUACGGCAUCAAUGGCAGCACAGAGGAAGUGAAGCUGGACAAAAAGAAGGCCAGAUUUGAGCGGGAGCAGAAUGACACCUUCAUCAUGGAGAUUCUGGACAUCGCUCCAUUCACCAAGAUGCGGAUCCGAAUUGAUGGCCUGGGCUGCCGGCCUGAGUGGUUCCUGGAGAGGAUCCUCCUGAAGAACAUGAAUACUGGAGACCUGACCAUGUUCUACUAUGGAGACUGGCUGUCCCAGCGGAAGGGCAAGAAGACCCUCGUGUGUGAAAUGUGCGCUGUCGUUGAUGGGGAGGAGAUGAUGGAGUGGACGUCCUACACUGUCUCAGUCAAGACCAGCGACAUCCUGGGAGCAGGCACUGACGCCAAUGUGUACAUCAUCAUCUUCGGGGAGAAUGGGGACAGCGGGACCCUGGCCCUGAAGCAGUCAGACAACUGGAACAAGUUUGAGCGGAACAACACAGACUCAUUCAACUUCUCUGACAUGCUGAGCCUGGGCCACCUCUGCAAGCUGAGGGUGUGGCAUGACAACAAAGGGAUCUUUCCUGGCUGGCACCUGAGCUACAUCAACGUGAAGGACAACUCGCGUGAUGAGACCUUCCACUUCCAGUGCGACUGCUGGCUCUCCAGGAGGGAGGGAGACAGGCAGACGCUCCGUGACUUCGCCUGUGCCAACAACGAGAUCCGUGAUGAGCUGGAGGAGACCACCUAUGAGAUCGUCAUAGAAACGGGCAACGGAGGCGAAACCAGGGAGAACGUCUGGCUCAUCCUCGAAGGCAGGAAGAACCGAUCCAAAGAGUUUCUUGUGGAAAAUUCUUCCCGACAGCGGGCCUUUAGGAAGGGGACCACAGACACGUUCGAGUUUGACAGUGUCUACUUGGGGGACAUUGCCUCCCUCUGCGUGGGCCACCUCGCCAGGGAGGACCGGUUCAUCCCCAAGAGAGAGCUGGUCUGGCACGUCAAGACCAUCACCAUCACGGAGAUGGAGUACGGCAACGUGUACUUCUUCAACUGUGACUGCCUCAUCCCCCUCAAGAGGAAGAGGAAGUACUUCAAGGUAUUCGAGGUCACCAAGACAACGGAGAGCUUCGCCAGCAAGGUGCAGAGCCUGGUGCCGGUCAAGUACGAGGUCAUCGUGACGACGGGCUAUGAGCCAGGGGCAGGCACCGACGCCAGUGUCUUCGUGACCAUCUUUGGGGCCAACGGGGACACGGGCAAGCGGGAGCUGAAGCAGAAAAUGCGCAACCUCUUCGAGCGGGGCAGCACCGACCGCUUCUUCUUGGAGACGCUGGAGCUGGGCGAGCUGCGCAAGGUGCGGGUGGAACACAAUGGCAGCGGCCACUACUCGGGCUGGCUGGUGGACAAGGUGGAAGUCACCAACACCAGCACCGGCGUGGCCACCAUCUUCAGCUGCGGCAGGUGGCUGGACAAGAAGCGGGGGGAUGGGCUCACCUGGAGAGACCUCUUCCCUUCCGUCUGAGGGGCUGGAGGCUCUCCCUCCCAGCCCUCCACUGAGAUGCUCCUGAUCUCCACCUUGGGGUUUCAGCAGUCCUUUCCCAAAGCCUCCUGGAGCUGGGACUGGGG